ACGGCGUACGACACGGUCGAACUCCCAGUCGCCGGCCGAAUUCGGAGCCAGCGGGACUAUUGAAACCUUCUGCUCAACUUUUUUCGUUUUGGCUAUAGCAUCCCCCACAAAACCGUGCUGUUGUUUCAGUUUCAAUUUAUUGAGAAACUUUCAAAUGAUGAAGAUGAAAGUGAAGUUCGAAAAAUGUGUUUGGUUGAUGGUUUUCAUCGUCAUCGUCACUACCGCCGCCGAUCCACCAAAAGGUCCGGAUCGCGGGAGCGGCCUUAAGAUCAAUGCAACCGGAAAUUCUCCACUGACAGACGAAGGUAUUAGUAUCUCGACUUCGACUGGUGCACCGACGACAACAAAACCCAACAAAUUAAGACGUGACUCUGGACUUUUGACUGACAACGACGUUGACGGUCUACCGGCCAUUGUAGAAGGCCCGCCGCAAAUCGAAUCGAGGCAAGGAAGACUGGCACCGUCCGGAUCUGUUCAGACCCACCGAUCAAAUGUGGCCUACACCAGCAGCGGCGGAGUCAGGUCGCCGCAGGGUCCGACCCGUGGCAGUCCCCGUCCGCCGGCUCCUCCUCCACCCGAUGAAGGACCUCUACCACCAGCUCCGCCUCUUGACGUCACCGAAAUUCGUUGUUUGAAAAUGGCAUCACGAGAACGCUUUUCGGCCGUUCUUUCCAUGCCGGAGGGUUUAGUCGGUUCCAAUCCAAUCUUCGAAGACAAACCGGCAAUUGAUCCGAUCACGUCGCGAAUUUGUCAGAUCCAGCCAGCUUCGCGACCCGGCACCUUUCAACUGGAAGUCACCAAUUUAGACGCUUGCGGAGUCAAAUCUUGCAACCAAAACGGAGAGCCAUGGCUCUGCGUGACACUUCGCUUCCCAGUUCUGGCCGGACUCAAACUACCCGAAGAUGAAAUCGUCGAGAUUCGGUGCAAACAACAGGACCGAACGGUGGCUGAGAAGAAAGACAUUGACUUUGAUGGAGACAGAUUUAGUCCAAGAAUCGAAGAAAAAUCACCCGUGACUUUUACCGGUGGGAAACAAGAAUUCCUCUGCGAAAUCGGACUGUUUCGACGAUUGCCCGGUACGUCGUUAUUCUCCCAGAGGAUCGGCCCUGGCUCAGCCGUCGAACUUGGCGAGGAGGUCCAGUUGCGCAGCAUCGUCCGUUCUAAUGACGGAUGGUUCUAUUCCAAAUUAACGGACGUCGUUGUACGUCGUUUGAAGAAACAAACUUCGGCUAGCAACGAAGGAUCAGCCAUCCUGGUACUACAGGAUGGCUGCCGUAAUCCGGCUUACAGAACCAUAGCGACACAACAUCCGCAAAGAGACGUGCGCUCGUCGUUGCUCAACAAUUUCAACUUUCGCGUUUUCCUCUUCCAGGACAUGGAUGAUGGUGACAGCAUUGUCAUUUCAGCCCGAGUCUUUGCUUGCAUCGAAGCCAUCGAUUGCGCACCUACGCUGUGCGGAGACGAUCGUGGCCAAGGGUUUGGUCGUCGGAAAAGAAGCAGUAGCAGUUGGAACGAGACUCGUGUCUCUGAUUCCGAACAGACUGACGGCUCAGGUAAAACUCGUGAAAUUCUCAUCGAGCAGCUUGUCUUCCCGAAUGGGACGGUCGCGUCCGCAUCAUCUCGACAUCUGAAGGGCUGGGAAACCGAUCUCGCACUGCGAGUGGCAAUGCCCGGAGAUUAUUAUAAUGGAGCACGUGCCGUUCCUCUGCAUUCGCUAGAAAGCCACUGUUUCCUUUACUUAAUGAUGACAGUAGGCCUGGGCACAGCCCUGGGUGUGACGACUCUGCUGGUCAGUAUUUAUUGCAUGUGCACCUGCAAGCGCCGUCGAAACAAAUCAGUCGCCUCCUCCGAAACACCUUCACGGGCGGUCCAGUCUCCCGCCGAUACGGCCGCCGCCUCCACCGCGCUCGAAACUCUGAUGAUGGAAGCCUGUUACCCGGAGCUGCAGGUGCUGGACGCCCUGUCGCGGACCGUCCGUCAGAAGAAACAAAACGUUCACGACGAAAUCAUCAAACUUUACGGGGCAGCCGCCGCCGCUGCCGAGGAAUCGAAAAAGUCCAACGCCAAUGUCUACUCGUCGGAGCCUCGCCCCAGUCUUAAGCAGGUGAAACGUCAUCGACAACAAGCGCAGGAGAAGACUAAUAACCAAAAUGUGACCACAGUGGUCGUGGGCCCAAAAGAACCGCAUGGGAGAGGGCAUAACGACGCUCUUUACUGGGAGAUUGGACAACAUCAGCACAGUCAUCAAAUUCUUCCGCCCACUCCCGUCUGAAGCUCAAUCCAUGAUGUAUUACUUAUACCUGCAUACGCGCAAAAAAGUGUUAGCAUCUCCAAUGCAUUCCAAUAUUUUCAUUUCAUUUUUUUAGUGGGUAAGACAGGGGGAUUUGGGAAAGGCAUCAAACUGAUUAACUGAUUGAUUGUUAACUCUGGGCUAUGUAUACAUAACACGCAAUCAGAAGCAUCUAUUCCGCCCUUUUUCACCUAUGCAGGAAAAAUUUAGAACAGAAAUACGUCUUGACAAAAUGCAUUUUCAAUUGCAAGCUUUUUUUCCGUCUUAUUUGAUGACCGCGUGACCUCAGCGUUUGUAAUGUGUUCCCAUAACGUAAUUAAUAAGAUUCUCUCGGUUGUCUUACACACGCAUUUUUUUCUAUUUAUUGCAUGUUCACCUCCCACUCGCCAUGAUUCUGUUCAACGAUCCGCAAAUGAAUAAGAGAAAUGAAAUACAUUUUUAAUAUUUA